UGAGGUCCUAAAAUUCUGUCAGGGACUUCAACACCAGUGCUGCAAAGGUACUGCUUGUACUGUUUAUGUGUUCUGCCUUUUCCCUGAAGAAAAAGACAAUUUCAAGACAGUAUAGCUUUAUCCCAUUAUUAUUUAUUAGUAAUAUUAUUAUAAGUACUGCUAUACUAGGGCCUUCUUCUUCUUUUUAUUAUUAUUAGUAUUAUUGUAGUAGUAGGCCGACUACUACCAUAAUUAUAAGAAGAAUAACAAGAAAAACAUAUCAACAAUUUAAAAUAAUGAUACAAAUUAUAAUUACCUUCCUGUGUCUGUAUUCUGUUGUCCUUGGUAUUUUCUUAUUAGUGACGAAUAGGUAGGACUUGUACUUUGAUUGUACAGGUGGCAUAUUUGAACAACUAUUGUUGAGCACUGCAACAGAUCAAGAUUCAAAGAUCAAUACUAAGCAGUAAAUGGCUACGAAUGGACCAAGUAAUUGAACCUAUACCCACCAGUCGGUUCCCACAUCCAAUCAGUGUGCGCAGCAUCAUCGACAUCCAAUCACUAUGUAGCAGUUUGGGCGGCAAUUAGCUACAGUAGCCAAUUAGUAACGGUUAAUGUUUGAAAUUCAACAGUGAUACUACUCAGGCGGUAACAGGGUAAAGUUAGCACAAUGUAUGGGUUGUUUUAUUUCGUAGACGGGUCCGUUAUUGCAGAUAGUACAUCUAUUAUACAGGAUGCAUAUAUAAAUACUGGUGUUACCGUCACCUGCAAAGAAGACAUCCAGUCCCAGGAAGGCUGGAUAGAGGUGAUUUUGCCAGCUAAACGCAGACGAGAUCCGAAGCCGGUUGCAGCCAAACUGCUGUUUAUGGCGGGUAAGUUCUAAAACAUUUGAAAUGUUCUGAAUACUCUUUGUAACCGACUACUGUCAUGUAAUGUAACGUUACUGAUGAUGAAGUGCUUAAAACAUAUGGCACUUUUCCUUUACAUGGUACCUACUCGCCUCGCCUCUUACGGAAUAAAGUACCUGGUACCUGCUAACAGGUACUUUUUUUUAGUACCACCUCGGCUAGGUUCCAAGCGAGCUGAGACGAUACCAAAAGGUGACGUGAAAGCGACGGGUGGGGGUGUCCUGAACAAACCCGCUAUUUUUAAACAGUUUACCCAGCUGUGUUUUUUUUUGCUGCCUCCAGCUUCAUUUUAAAGAAAAUGUGUCUUCUGGCUGAGGCAACAACAAGACACCUUCGACGUUGUGUGUGUGUCGUGUUAGGUCACGGCAGUUGCUGCGGCGCCGCUUGUUGUACAGUUUUACACGCAGUGCCACCGCAGAACUGUAAAACGAGCUCAACUGGCCUGAUGAUUAUACUUGUGCGCUGGUGUGUCCGUCGACCCGGCAUAUAAGACGACCAGCCACGCUGAGGCGGUACUAAAAUCUGCAAUGGAAAACGGACGCAGUGUGUCGUGGCGAGUCGAGCAGGUGGCAUGUAAUGGAAUAACGCCAUAAUGAAUAAAUCCUCCUGUAGAGCGUUUACGGAACAAUACCUUAUCUUUGAAGUGUUUGGCUUAGGUUUUAGUGAAGGUUUAGCUAGUACGUUAGUAUUAUAGAAUUCGUCGUCGAUAUGCAGCAUGUACAUUUAAUGAAAAUUCAGAUAAUUGGUUAAGUCAAAGUUAAUAAAGUCAUUCAGUUGUUGGGGACAACAUAUUUAUCACGAAGGUGCAACAGGCGAAAACAUAGAACAAAUAAAGUUGUGUCAAGGAUACAUCUUCAGAGGGGAGGUACUCCCGCCAUAACGUGGUAUGGACAUUAGUGCCCAAUACUGAUGAAAGUAAUAAAGUACAAAUAAAUUAAAUGACAGUGACAUUCCUGUCUUGAAAUUAUUAUUUUGUAUUAUUAAAAGGUCGUAUUGAAUUUGUAUUUUAAGUGUCUUCUUCACAGAAAACUACAAAGAAGUAGUCCAGAAGCGUGUUGCUUUCCUCAAGGGGGGGGGGAUAUAUGGUCUUCCAUCAGUCAGUCUGGCCAGGAGAAGGGGGUGGUGAAGCAAGCUAUGACCUCUGGUUCACAGAUGGCCAAGAUGGGCGAACAGCUCAAGAGGGACCUCAAACGGCAACCUACAAGACAACUCAGUUCUACUCCUGCUAGAUAUGAGUCUGAUUCCGACGACACAUGUUUUGAUAUUUUUGAUCCACCCAAAAAACGAAAAAUGGUGAUUAACACCAGUGAGGAGGAGGAGGACGCCAUCCCUCAGGCGGAGUCUCAGCGGCCAGGGACAGUGCCUGCAGUUUUUGUUGAGUUGGAUGAGGACAGUUUGAAGGCUCUGAAAGAGCUGCCAGGACUGGUGUCUUCACUCAAAACAGUCCUAAACAAAAUGCAAGAUUCACCUUUGUCUUCCAUGAUUUCCAGCCAAAGCGAAUCCCCGCGCACUGGCAGUCACACUGGCAGCGAAGAAGACAUGGUGUCAUUGGGCAACUCAUUAGUGCAAGUCCCAAAACGCCUCUAUCAGAGGCUGAGUGGGAGGAGGAUGUCCCUCUUCACACAGGAACUGGCCACAUUGGUGUUUGGCAGGGAAACUUUGGCCAAGGCAACCCUCACAGGAAAAGGAAAAAAAGGCGAGCUGAAGGAACAGCUUGAGCCAGAAAAAAACAAUGCAAUUAUAGAUGCAGUGAGGGAGCGAUUCCCCAACACCGAGGUGGCAGAGAUCCGGGGCCUUCUACGGAGGAAGUGCAACAAUGAGAGCUACAAGGCCUCUGGUAAUUCGAGUCAGAGCUAGAUUUGCAUGUAGUAAGUUGUUCGCCAUUGUUCGAUCUGUUCCCGGCAUUUCAGAGAAAGUCCACUGUUCAAGGUUCCUCCUUUUGCCAAUAUCUGCUUUUGUGUGUUAUUUUUUGUCAAUAAUAAAGAUCCUUUUCUGAAAUGCAAUUUGUAAUCUGUUGAUUAAAUGCACUUGAACUGAAUUGUAAUACGAUACACUUGUAGUGAAAUAGCAAAAUUAAUUCUUAAAUAUAACAAAAUGGGGAUAAAAGUACUGAUGAAAUAUACU